AAAUCUUCCUCCGAGGCUGUUGAUCGUAUGAUAACAGCCUUCGCAUCUUCUUAAAAAAUGAGUAAUAUUAGAUACAAGUUUUAAAUAGAUAAACUCCAUACAUAUCUUUUAUGAAAUAAUAGAUUUCACUAAUAAAAAAUAAUUUUUUUACUCAUUUUUAAGGUGAAAUUUACUUUUUUAUAAAGAUUUGUAUAGAACUAUUUGAAAUUUGUAUAAAUCAUUUCUCUUCAAAAAUAGCCCUGUGAAUGUUUAAAUUACGCGGCUCCAAAGCCUACCUUUGUAGUUUGUUCUUGUAGAAUCGGUCCUUGUUACAGAAACGGGUUAAACUCGGCCCGCCAAGGCCCCAUCACCAUGCACCGAGUCACCGACGCCGCGAGGAUAAAAAAGUCCAUUGCAUUCUCCUCAACCACGUUGGCCAUAGUGAGGUGUCGUCCCGUUAUUGGUUGAAGGUGAGAAACCGGAAUAGCGCAUACCAUUUUUUCAAGCACCAUUAAACCCUCCUACUCGCGUCCGUCCUUCCAUUCACGACAGUCGCUCUCUCUCUCUUUCUCUCUAGUCUUCCCACCCGAGGACCCGACUGAUUAAACGUGCUUGAAAACAAUGGCGUCGGAGAACCACAAUUCCGGAUCCGGAUCUACAAUCGACGGCGAAGCUCCUUCAAAACCUAAAGUUGCGCUGAUUACCGGAAUUACGGGGCAAGACGGUUCGUACUUGACGGAGUUUCUGCUCGUCAAAGGGUACGAGGUGCACGGCCUGAUCCGGCGGUCCUCCAACUUCAACACCCAGCGCAUCAAUCACAUCUACAUCGACCCCCACAACACCCACAAGGCCCGCAUGAAGCUCCACUACGCAGACCUUACCGACGCCUCCUCGCUCCGUCGCUGGCUCGACACGAUCCAACCCGACGAAGUCUACAACCUUGCCGCCCAGUCUCACGUCGCCGUCUCCUUCGAGAUCCCGGAUUACACCGCCGAUGUCGUCGCCACCGGGGCCCUCCGCCUCCUCGAGGCCGUCCGGUCCCACAUCGCGGCCACUGGACGUAGCCACAUCCGAUACUACCAGGCCGGGUCUUCGGAGAUGUUCGGGUCGACCCCGCCUCCCCAGUCUGAAACGACGCCGUUCCAUCCCAGAUCCCCAUACGCCGCGUCCAAAUGCGCCGCGCAUUGGUACACGGUGAACUACCGCGAGGCGUAUGGGAUAUAUGCGUGCAAUGGGAUACUCUUCAAUCACGAGUCGCCGCGGCGGGGCGAGAACUUCGUGACGAGGAAGAUCACGCGUGCGGUGGGACGGAUCAAGAUCGGCCUCCAAAGCAAGCUCUUCCUUGGGAAUCUCAGCGCCUCCAGGGACUGGGGAUUCGCCGGGGACUACGUGGAGGCAAUGUGGAUGAUGCUGCAGCAAGACAAGCCGGACGACUACGUGGUUGCGACGGAGGAGUCGCACACGGUGGAGGAGUUCUUGAAAGUGGCAUUUGGGUAUGUGGGGUUGAAUUGGAAGGACCAUGUGAUGAUCGACAAAAGGUAUUUCAGGCCGGCGGAGGUGGAUAAUCUGAAAGGGGAUGCAAGCAAGGCCAAGAAGGUGCUUGGAUGGAAGCCAAAGGUGGGGUUUGAGCAGUUGGUGAAGAUGAUGGUUGACGAGGAUGUUGAAUUGGCCAAGAGGGAGAAGGUGCUCGUUGAUGCUGGCUACAUGGAUGCUCAGCAACAACCCUGAUCAGCCAAUUUUGGUUCACAUCCGAUCUGCUCCAAGUUCAAUGUACUAGUCAGUACUGAAUAGAUUUGAUUCAGUAAUUUAUAUAGUUACGGUGUUUUGAAGUUCAUGUCAUCAAUUGUUUGAUUUCCUGUAUCCCCCCAUUUAUUUGAUUAUAUCAAAUCCAUACUUGUUCAAUUGUUGUCUGCA